AUGGAUGAUGCAACAUCCUCACAGGAAGAAGUCAAGAAGACUUUGCCUCCUAAGCAAACUUUUCUCUCUUUAUCGUGGGAUUACUUUAAAUUUUUGCUGACGUGUGCAUCUAUUUAUGGAGUGGGGUACUUCCGACUUAGUGUUAGCUGGGUAUUACUGGGGUCAUUGGGCUACUUCGUAAUACGGCACACUAAAAAUAAGAACUCGAAGUUGAUCAGUUCAUUAAAAGCAAUCGGGGAAGAUGAAAAAGCAUUCAUCAUUCAAAAUUUUUCUGUCAGGGACCUUCCAUCAUGGGUUUACUUUCCAGAUGUUGAACGAGCCGAGUGGCUCAACAAGCCUCCUCGAAUCGGUGGCAUUAAGGUUUAUAUGAAUGAAAAUAUCCGUAAGGAUGAAAUAGUUCUUGACUUGGAUCUUAUGUUGUACAGUGAUGCGAGAAUAAAGGUAAACCUGGGGAAAGUCAAGGCAGGUGUAAAAGAAUUUGAGUUGCGUGGUACACUACGUGUAGUUAUGAAGCCACUGGUCCCGAAAGUUCCGUUUGCUGGUGCAGUGACAGUUUGUUUUCUCGACCGUCCAGUGAGCAUGCUUGUGUAA